AUGUAUGACAUGACCAUGAACGAAUUAACCACGGACAUGACAAUAGGUUACGCUAUAGCUAAGAGAUUAGGUCAAGAAGGUGCAUCAGUGGUUAUAAGUAGCAGAAAAGAAGAAAAUGUACAAAAAGCUACAGCCAACCUCCGAGAAGAUGGCAUCAACGCGGAGGGGCUUUUUAUAACAUCAUGGCUCCAUAAAAAUAAACAAAAUAUGUCUAAGGAUAGAGAUAAAAUAUUGAAAAAGAAAAUAAAGAAGAAAAUUAAAUUAGCUGAAUAUAAAAAGAAAAAAAGGUUGCAAUGCUUGAAAAAGAAAGGAAAGGGACAAAGAAAAAUAUUAAGGACA